GACAACUUCAGUGCUCUGAAGAAAGAGCGGCAUCUACGUCUGAGGACCUCCUCUGGAGCAGCUGUGGGACAUGGUCUCCAGGAGUCCGCACAGCGCAUGAAGAGUCAUCCAAGCGGCUUCCCUGAGCAAUGGCACUUCUGAAUAUUUCCUCUAACAUCAGCGAGGACAGCCCCACAGAUGCUAUGUGCCCCAACAUCGAUGAGUUCCGUAACCGCGUCUACUCCACCGUGUACUCCAUUGUCACCAUUGUCGGUCUGAUAGGCAAUGGUUUCGCCCUCAUAGUACUGAUCAGGUCCUCCCACCAGCGCUCUGCUUUCCACGUCUACAUGCUGAACUUAGCCAUGUCGGACCUGCUCUGUGUCAGCACCCUGCCCCUGCGCGUCCGCUACUAUGUCAACAACGCCCAAUGGGACUACGGCGACUUCUUGUGCCGCAUCAGUUCCUAUGCACUUUAUGUCAACCUCUACUGCAGCAUCUACUUCAUGAUGGCCCUGAGUUUUACCCGUUUUCUGGCCAUCGUCUUUCCCAUCCAGAACAUGAAGCUGGUCAGCACACGCAAGGCCUGCAUCGUCUGCCUCUGCAUAUGGAUCUUCAUCUGCACAUCCAGCUCUCCAUUCCUCAUGACAGGUGUCCAUGAGGAUCCCAUUUCAAACAAGACCAAGUGCUUUGAGCCACCCGGGCAAAGAAAGGAUAUUCACAAGCUCAUAAUCCUCAACUACAUCUCCCUGGUGGUGGGCUUUUCUGUCCCCUUCCUGGUCAUCUUGAUCUGCUCCGCUGGAAUCAUCUACACCCUGCUGACAGGGCCCAGCAGCAUAAGGCAAAAAAGAAACAGCCGCAUCAAGGCCAUCCGCAUGAUUGUCAUCAUCAUGCUAGCCUUCCUCAUCAGCUUCAUGCCUUACCAUAUCCAGCGCACCAUCCACCUGCAUUUCAUGAACCGUACAGACGUCUCCUGCAAAGAUGUUGUCUUCAUGCACAAGUCCGUGGUGAUCACACUGUGCUUGGCUGCCGCCAAUUCCUGCUUCGACCCAAUGCUCUAUUUCUUCUCUGGUGAGAACUUCCGCAGGCGUCUGUCUACACUCCGCCAUAACUCCAUCAUAGUAAGGGGAAGUCUACGCAGGCAGAAUUCACACGUCAACGGUUCGCAGAACCAGCGACAAGACAUUAGCUAGGGAACAGAUUGUGUGCUGGGAUGCACCUCCGCAGCUGCUCUGGAACAACAUCUGGUGUCACUCUGAAAGCUGUUCUUUCACAGAGCUGUGUGAUUUUUUUGAACCGGGUAAUAGAGUAACUACCCAUGAAGGCUUCCUAAGAAUUAAAGUGAGUUGCACUGCACCUGGAUCAACCACUGCAGGCUGAGAAAAGAACGGACGGGGAGUUCCAAGAAAAGGGGACUUUGUUCAAUUCAGGAUAUAACACUGAAGUUAUCCGUUUUCCUAAUUUAAGACAUUUUGUAUGGAAUGCACACACCUUGUAGAGCAGCUCAGAUUUAUGCCUAACAAUAGCAAUUUUUAAUGUAAACAGAUUUACUUACUUUCAUGCUAGCUUAUGUUCAGUCUAUAUAUUUCUGUAAGGAUGUAAAUUAAAUUUAUUACUUAAAUGCUACUAAAGUGGACUAAGAUUUUUCUUAAGCAAAUUCUGAUUUUACACUUAUUGAUUACUGUUAUUUUUGUGUACCGUAUAUGGGUUGAAGGAUUUUAAUAUAGUAAAGUGGCUGAGGUGUGAGUCCACAACAUAAUGUUCAAACUUUGGUAAAUGUUUCAAUGAUAUAUGUUUGUUUUGUCUUCCUUCAUCGAGUAAGAUUUCAUUAAUGGACCAAUCAGUGUUAUUACUAUUCUGUAUAAAUUAAUUAGAUCUAGCAGUAUAUGAUUGAGUUCUUUAAUUUUGUUUGAAUAAAACAAAUUAUUUAAAUCAAAACUGUAGAGAGCAAAUACGCUUGAGAAGUACAGGAAACAACUGAUUUGUGUCCAUUCUAAUUAGCGUGUAGUUAGUGAUGCUUUUAUAUAUUUCACAUUAUAUAUGAAUUUAAUGUUUUAAGACAGUGGUUGCAUUGUGUGUGUUAGACCUGGGAACACAUCCAGUCAGAAAAUUAGCAUAAAAUUCCAAUUAGCGUAGUUGCUUAGUGCAUAACCAGGGCAUUUUCAUGACUUUUACAUGCUACUGAAUAUUUUAAUAAAUAAUACAA